AUGAAUGUUGAAUAUAGCUAAGAUAAACUUAGAGAAAACGUUAUUCACAAGUAUAGUGACAUUUUGCUAUUUCUCUACUCUGACAAACUAAUGUUUAAAACAUCAUCUUAACUACUAAAAGAAAAAUUAAAUUUCAAUAAGGAACAAUUAGAGAGGCAGUUGCAAUAAAAAUAGAGCAAACUAAUAUUUUAUGAUUCAGCAAAUACUAAUACUUCCACUGAGUCAAUCAAGAAUUUAAUUAUGAAAAUAUGCUAAAAGAGAUUUAAUUAUUACAAUGCAGCUUACAUGAUGAUAGAUGUCGAGGAUAAUUUAUAUUGUAGGAAGAAGUUUGACGAAAUCCUAUAAAAAAUCCAAGAAGAGCAUAAUCAACAGUCAUCUGGUAGAAAUUUCGAAACAAAUAAUCCAGAAAAUCUUUCUUAAAUAGGCUAAAAUCAGCUUAAUGAUACAAAAUUAGCUGAAAACUAAGAUGACAAAAUAUAUUAAAUCUUUGUUGAAAAUAUCUUCAAGUUCAUUAACAACUUGAGCAAUACAGAAGGUCAUCUUAUAAAUGAAGAAAUAAGUGCUGAAAAUCUUAAUCUAUAAUACGAAAUACUUAAAGACAUAAAUCUAUAUCAAGAUGAGACAAUAAAAGGAGAAUUCCCACUACUUAAAUAUUUUGAUUUGAGAGACUAGGGUUAACCAUUCAAUUUUUAUGAGAUUUUUGAAUCUUUAGACAUGAAAAAUAGCUACAUUUAUCUUAGAGUAAAUAACAGUUAAUAGAUAAUAAAUUUUCUUAAUCAAAACAAUUCAUCUCAGCUUGAUUGCAGAUUCCUCAUUGACUCUUCAGAGUUCAUAAAAUAUGUGAAAUUAGAUUAAAAGGUCUUAGAAAAUUCCAAUGAAAUGCUAGAUAACACUCCCUAUUCAGUGAAAUAAUUCAUGGAAUACUUUGAUAAAAACUUCUAAUUAAAGAAUGUUGAAUGCACAUAGCAUCCUAAAUUUUUAGUCAAAACUUAUAGUACUUUCUUUGGGGACUAUCAUAUUUCAAAGCUAACUUUGCCAGAGAAAUUUAAAUACUUCUAAUAUCUCAAAUACUAAUCCAAGGAUGCUUACAUUUUUUAGCAUUAAGAUAUCUUAGACAUAUGUAAAUCUGAUUUUGAUGUUACUCUGAACAAGUAAAAGAUUAAAAUGGUAAUUUAACACAAAUGUCUUUUAAGAGCUAUCAAGUUUGCUGAUUUCUUUACUAACAAGUUACUUGAGAUUUCUGAAGCCUAAUUCUUAAUUAGACUGUAAGAUGAAAUUAGAAACAUUAAAUCGAUUGAAAAAAAGAAGAGAGUCUUUGAUUAAUUUAUAUUUCAAAAUUCCCCUCUUAAGCUCUAAAUUAGGAAUGAUAGAAUAGAUUAUAAGGCAAUUGAAAAAACAGUCGAUGAUUCAGUAUUUUUAUUCAAUAUUCUAUUAAGCUAAGCAAAUAUGAAUAAUUACUAGAAGAAAAUGAAUGAAUCUACUUAUGAUAUUUCAUCUCAUCAAUAAGAGGAUUUUGAUGUUGAGGAAAAAAAUAUCUAUAUUCCUGAAAAACAGUGUCUGUAUGUGAGACUGACUGACUACAAGAAAUUAAUUAAAUGCGAGUAAGAUUUAAAUAAUAAGAUAAUUCAAAGUGAUAUUAAAAAGUGCUACUGUUUUAACGACUAGGGAAAAAUUCAUAAUUUUGAUUGCUUGAAAAGUCAUAGUUAUCAUCCUGUAAAAGAAGUUAUAGGAAAGAUAAAUAAUGUAACAGUUCUUAAAUUAGACUAAUAAAAAAAUGCCAAGAUCUACUCAGUUCCUGAUUGCCUAGUCAUUAAAACAUCAUUGAAUUUAGAAGAGUACUUGCUGCUAAUUAAUUAGUACCAUUUAUUGUAUGAAUUAGAAUGCCAGAUUAAGGCAAGAAUAUUCUUCCAUCUACAAAUUAACUAAUGCUUAUCAAAACAAUAACUAUAGUAAAACAAGAUGGAUAUGCUAGUUAAGAUUUUUAAUGAUAUUGUUAGCAAUAAACGACAAAGGAUAAUUAUAAUUCAAGACUAUGACUUCAUCUAAAUUAUCCCUUAUGAAUCGUUACUCCUGCUUAGAGACGACAUCUAAUGCAAUUAAAAUACUAAUAAAGAGCUUAUGAGAGAAAAAAAUCUCUUGAAUUAUUCUCAAAUUUAAUAAAAAGCACAGAAUAUUGGUAAAACUUAGCAGAGAUCAUACUAUAAUAUUCAGGAAUCUCCUUUAAAUUUGAACUUAUCUAAGUUGGAGAGAUAUAAGCGUAUAUUUUACUUUAAAGUGAUAGAUUUCCUAAGAAAAGCAUACAGCAGUGUUGAAAGCAUUGAAAAUUUCAUGCAACUAUAAGAUUUCUAUCAUGAAUACAGUUUUGAUUUCACCUAUACUCAUCUGUAAAUAGAUGAGAUAAACUAGUUAUAGGAUAUUAAGACUAUUGUUUAAAAAAGAGAAUUUCUCUUUUCAAAUAGCAGCGAGGGUUAAUUGCUAGAAAUAUUUAAUUCAAUAGGCAAGCUGAUCCUACAGCCAAUAAGCUCAAAUACAGAUGCUUUAAAGCAUGGCUUAAAGUCAAAUUAUGAUUAGUUAUUCGGUAAUAUUCCUCCUGAUAUCAGGGAAGGUGAUUUAUUGGUAAAACUUAAUUAGAUCUCUUGCUGUAUAUUUAUGGAGAUCAAAAAGGCAGAAUAGGUUAGAGAUAUUCUUCUUAAGAUUUUCAAAAUUAUAGAGAUUAAAAAGCAAAAACAAAAGAAAAAUAGUAUCAAUUAAUAAUCCAAGGGGAAAGUGAAAGUAGUUAAAUCCUAAUGCAAUGCAAUAGGCACUUUUAAUGAUAUAUCUUAGAUUACUUUUAUAACUCCUGAUCUCAUAUUAAAGGUUUUAAGUGAUCAGCAAAUACUCAAAUAAGCCUAAAUGGCUACUUAGAAAAGAUAAAGAUAAUCUUGA